AUGUGGGAGCUUACUACAAAUGAAGUUGCCUUAAUUGAGCUGGAAAAGUCCCUGUCUAUGAAAAAGAAUAACCGCCACCAUAUACAGUGUACUUCUACAUCUGUAGGUGGGGACUACAAUCUCCCAGGUUGUUAUUGGAAAAAUCAAGUAGUCCAGCCAUGCAGUUAUCCUGCACUACACCAUCAGUUUGGCAACUUACUGGAUGAUAGUGGCUUGAUACAACUUGACACUUUAGACUUGACCCUCUCCAAUAAUCCCUCCAGUACCAUGAAUAUCUCUGUUUUACCUGGAGUUUCAGGCCAUGAUUGUCAUCUUAUUAACAUUUACCUCGAACCAAUAAGAUACAAACAAAAACCUACAGAAAUUCCUUUGUUUAACAAAGCAAGAUGGGACGCUUUUGAAAAAGAUCUAACCUUGAUUGGCAAAUUUCUGUGUGAUGAACACAAUGGUCUAUCAGCAAAUGACAUAUGGCGUAGGUUGAAAACAACCAUACAUGAAGGCAUUAACAAAUAUGUAUGGCAUAAAAGAUAUAAGUCCAAAGACCACCUUCGAAUUCCAUGGAUAACAAGGGAUAUUAAGAAACUAAUCACAAGAAUGGAUAUUUAAAUUGUCUUGUUAAGAGAAAACCAUGCUAAGAUCGCAUGCACAUGAUGCUCAAAAACUUACAAUGUUAUCCAAUUAAUUCAAAGACAAAAAAAGAGCAAUACAAGGGAAGUCGAGAAAAGCAUAAUGGGAUUAUGUUGAGAACAUAAUCACACCUAUGAACAAUGAAAAUCACAACAAAUCGAGACUGAAGCAUUUUUGGAUGUUUAUCAAACUGUGUCCAGGGUUGGCAAAUACGCCAAAUUUGGCAUAUUUAAUGUUCAGAUUACUCCACUGAGUCACUUCGACUUCAGAAAUUUUCGGUAACAAACAGUUUUGUCCUUACCUUUUCACAAAAAAUACAAUUUACGUUAAUUGUAAAGGUUGUAAACCUUAAUUAAAUCAUCAAAAUUAAAGAAGUAUACUACGCGACAAAACAGGAAGAGGGUAAAUUACUGUACGAUCAAAGUUUAGUCGAUGACUGCCAUCAUGGAUGCUCCUCAAGGGCAAGUUUAAUCUUGGGUCCACAAAUCUAGUUCUUAAAAUGCAUGCAUACUUUUGCCUUUGAGCAGUGUAGUUCCCAAAUACACAUUGAACAGAAGAUUCCUAACGUGGUGUAAAAUUUGUUCUAUUUCGAGGAAAUCUGCCAUAAGUCUUUUCAAAACUGGGCCGAGGUGCUCCCGCAAAUGGCAAAAUCAAAACACAAGUUGCUUCUGUUUGAAGUCCACAAAUCCAGUUCAAUUGUGCAGGUAAAAAAGGCCGUUUUAAGUUUAUAAAUGACAUCUGUAAGCCUUUCUUCGCUGUUCCCAGCUAAUGUAAAAUACGAGAAAAAUGGGUUGAAAGAAAUCUUCUUGUGACAUGUGGAGAUACUGACAAAAUGAAAGGUUUAUAUAUCUUUUUCCCGAAGUAAACAUCGGCCACCAAGUUGAAAGUGUUCCAUUUAUGUUACUCACACUAUGCAGUUUGAAUUUCACUUGAAAGUCUGCUGUACGGCUUGACAAGAAGCUUGGAACAGUAUUUCUUCGCAUUGUGUGACUUCGCGUGACAAAGUGAUGUGACAUUACGACUGUUGAUUGUGCAAAAAUGUAAUAACAAGAAAACUUCGGUUUCUGUCUUCUUUCGAAUUUUUAUUUUGUUUUUGUUUGAGUAUGUGUAAAGUAAUAUUUUUUAGUUGUUUUGUAGUAAUUUCUAAUGUUUUUACAAGAUUUAUUAAUGAUAGUGUGAGCUACGCAUUGAACCGCUGACCGUACGAAAUUGUUCGCCAUGGUGUCGUUCUGACACAGUUACAAUAUUAGUUCCUUAAGUAUCAAUGGCAAACAGAUAUCAGAUCCUUACAAUUAGUAAGCAAAUCAUUUAAACAGGGCUUCUGGAAUUAUGUGUGGAUGUGAAAGCGCAUAAUUCAGCUCUGAGCACAUAAUUUGCAUAAUUCCAAAGAAACACAUAAUGGCACAUAAUUUUCGAAAAUUUUGAAAAAUCUUUGUUUUUUUCAUAACUUAAGAGAUGCAUGGAAAUUUUUUCCCCGUAAAUAUAGUACAAAUAGCCACCGCUUUGUUGCAAAAAGCUUUCCGUGGAAAGCUCAUGGUAUUUAACCAUUAGUAGUUGAGGCAGAAAUCAUACAAACGAGUAAGACUUCCAACAUAAAAGUAGUGAGUGUGUAAAUAAAUUAAUACCAAGUUAAUGUGCAAAAUUCAGAGAAUCUAUAUCUUCCCUCAAAAUGAUUGGAAAAGGCAUUUAUCACUCCUUAGUGCACUGGAUCAUCACAAAGAUUUCGCUUGUGUUCUUUUUGGCGAGAAGAAAUCAGUAUGCUAAUGUGGGUAAGAUGUUUUUGAUGUUUUUUAGAAUCGUUGUCACAAACUGGCACAGCAUUGUGAUUGCCGCCGAGGGGAGUGUAAUUACACUCGUUGUAAAUACAAGCACAUGUAAGUACAACUGGAAAGGCUUAAAUGAGACUGCAUUCCCCACUCAUUAAUACCUAAGUUAGUUCUAUAUAUUUCGAGACAAUGCAGUAAAUUUCACAGUCGACCUUAUGCAAGGAGCUUUUUACUGAUAGAAUUCAUCGCAUUGAUCCCACAAAAACUUACAAUUUCAACGCACCAACAUUAGACACCUCCACUUCUCAUAAAAUUACAGCAAAAUGUGGCAUUCUCUGUUCAAAGACACUGCUUUUAACAGAGAAACAGCUCCACGCCAUACAUUUCUUUGUAGCAACUUGCAAUGUUUGCCCCCUGGGGAUCCCAUAAUCCUGUGCGCAUAACUAAGUCUCGGAUUACUGGAAAGUCAUUCAUUUCAAUCAGCCUUCACUACUAAGGGCCCCAUACGCGAUGGCCUGCUACCAAAUACAUGACCUUACAGCUGUACUGUAUCAGAAGUGGGUGUUCUGAAAUUAUUACAAAAAUAGUAGAUCCACAAAACAGCUGGCCCUGAUAGCAUUGGACCACAGACUUUGAAAGAGUGUUCCACAGCAGUAAGAAUUGCACCAAUACUCACACCAAUCUACAAGAGAUCUUACGAGUCUGGAGAGAAUACCAGAAGAUUGGAAAACUGCAUGGGUUCCACCUGUUUUUAAAAAAGGGUAAAAAAUCUGACGCUGCAAAUUACCAGCCAAAAUUAAUUUUCCUUAACAUGCAUUGCCUGUAAGGUAUUGGAACAUGUACUUGUCAGCAAAAUAAUGAAGCACACCCAAGUGAACAACAUCCUAGACAAUUUACAAUGUGGCUUUAGAGAAAAACGCUCCUGCCAAACUCAAUUGUUAGAGCUUAUCCGGGUCAUUCCACGAUCAUGGACGUUACAAUUGCAUGAGUGUAGUUAGAGAAAAAUCAUUAGAACAGAUACAUAAUAACAAACAACCAUUCCCUUUCACUUUGUUUGUGACAGAUAGGUGUUAGCUGCAUGUGAAGUGAGAAACUCAUCAAAUUUACUAUUACACAAAUGUUACAACGAAAGAAACCACGUUCUUAAGUGCAAAUGUUAAACAUUAAAUUCCUGUGAAUUCUGCAAGCAUAACUAAAAACAAUUGAUUUUGUUUUUUAGGUAAAUAGUGAUACUACAAUAGCAAAGUGAUAAAUAUUUCUUUUGUGAUGUGUGCCUUCUUUGCUUGAUGACAAAACACUGUCAUGGAUGUUACAUUCUGGAUCAUGGACGUUACAGAGGGUAAAAAAGAUAAAGAAAUCAGUGAUGUCAGAAAUUUAAAUUCCCUGAACCUUCUUUCUUUCCCACAAACAUUAGAAAACUGGUGAUUAGUUUUGACACAGGCUUUAUCUUUCCUUUAAAUUUUCACCUUUUUGACGAAAAAACAUAAGUCACCAAGUAAAUGUUUGUGACUCAUCUUUAAGCUGAUCUUCAUGUAUUUUUUUUGUUCCAUGAUUUAAAAUUUCAAAGAAGCUGCUUGUAGAAAAGGUGUUUUUAAAAGAAAAGCCUGGUUUCAAGCUCUUUCUAAGCAUUGCAAUAAAAAAUGGAUAUGUUUGAUACUUGGUCUAUUGAUUAGAGUAUCUUUCAGUUCCACAUUAUUAUCAAAUUUUAGAGACUGUGAGCAAUUUAGAAGUUUCCACAAGGCUAUAUUGACGAUUUGAUAUGUUUACUUUAAAAGAUGAAGUAACUUACACUUGACAUUAAUUUUUUGUUGACAAUUGUAAUUAUUAAUAAUGUUGUCCUUAUAAUAAUUCACUAUUGUCUCCAAUAAGAUUCUAAGUGCUCUAUUUAACUCCAUAAUAAUAUUCAGCAAUGCUGAAUAUACAUUAUUGUUGUUAUAUAAAAUUUUAGUAUUAUAACCAGGCUUUUUAGGCAAAUAUUAGUGAGCUUCCUGCAUUAAUCAUAACUAUAACAAAAUUCUUAAAUCUGAUUGGCUAUCAACUGCCCUGAUUUUAGCCUUAAUAUCAUAGGUGACGAGUUAAUCCUUAAUUUUGGCGCGAAAUUUCAGCGUUAAUUUGUAAUUUCACAUGUGAAAUUACAUGUGAAAUUACAAAAUUGCCAUGGCAACCCUUCGGUACAUCUCAGUGUCAAGAUGGCGAUGAAGUUUUAAAAUGCCAUGAAUGAAGAUGUUAGGACACAAAAAGACGCCUUAGAAAACCUGAACACGCAAGAGAACAUCAAGAAGGAUUCUAACAGGUAUUUUGCUGAAGAAGUCUGAAAAAUUCUGAACUUUAUAAGCCAAAUUUAAGGUCUAAACAUUUGAGAGAGUGGAGUCCUCGAUCGAUACGAUCCAGGAUAAACAUGUCAAAAAUCCAAGAUUGCUAACGUAAUUCGUCACCCAUGAUAUUAAUAGGUAAUCAAAUGGUAUACUUGUGAAAUUAGGGAAUAAUUUCACUUGCGUUUUGUCCAAAUCCUAAUAAUUUCCCUUGCUUAAAGGCUAAAUUAUUAGGAUUUGGACAAAACGCGCGUGAAAUUAUUCCCUAAUUUCACUCGUCACCAUUUGAUUACACAUACUAAUAGGACAGUUAAUAGGACAGUACGUGUCACGCUUAAGUAAUUGGACAGUACACGCCAUCACGCGUGUGCUUAAAUGGCUUUUUUUUCACUCCUAGCAAAAAAAUCUCGGAAUUUCUUGUGUUUUCAGUGUUCGACACUAACGCUUGCCCACUUGCCCUGGGCAAGUAGAAUUAUGCGUUGGGCAAGUGUGUAAGCUGCACAGGUUGCCCGUUUGGGCAAGUGGUUAAGGAUAACACUCGAGCCGCUGGGACAAGAAUAAAAUCCAACAGCUGCAGCAAAAUCACCUGAUCCCUUUUUUGAAAUUUUAGUCAGGCGAACAUAGAAGGAGAAUGAAAAACAAGUACAGUGACGGGUCCUUACGCCAAUACAUUGAGUAUUUCGUUUUCCGCCAUGUUUUUCUUCACGAGCAAGUAUUCAUGGGUAAAUUUGUACCCAGUCCUCUCACGUACUUGCCACGAACUACCAAACAAACAAAGAUGGCAGCCUGAUGAGCAACCAUGAGUUUAUUUCGUUUUGGUUUUACGNCAAGUGUGUAAGCUGCACAGGUUGCCCGUUUGGGCAAGUGGUUAAGGAUAACACUCGAGCCGCUGGGACAAGAAUAAAAUCCAACAGCUGCAGCAAAAUCACCUGAUCCCUUUUUUGAAAUUUUAGUCAGGCGAACAUAGAAGGAGAAUGAAAAACAAGUACAGUGACGGGUCCUUACGCCAAUACAUUGAGUAUUUCGUUUUCCGCCAUGUUUUUCUUCACGAGCAAGUAUUCAUGGGUAAAUUUGUACCCAGUCCUCUCACGUACUUGCCACGAACUACCAAACAAAAAAAAAUGGCAGCCUGAUGAGCAACCAUGAGUUUAUUUCGUUUUGGUUUUACGCGGAAGUCACUGGACACAGUCACUAAAAGUGAGGACAUCCAAGCCACACAACAGUUAAAUUCUACAAAGCUUAAGGAACCAGGAGACAAGAGAAAAGCUGAAUCUCAACCAGAAGUCUUCGCUGGGAAAAGCAAACGAGAUCGAAAAUACCAAAUGUCAUGGGAGCGAGACUUUCUUUGGCUUGUACACGAUGAAGAAAAGAACACCAUGAAAUCUCGCUUGGGAUUUAUGCUAGGCAUUAAAGUUAGAAGGCACAAUUAUUGAAAAUUCAAUGAAACUGCGAGCAAAGCGAGCUGGUGAUUUUUUGGGGGCAACCAAAAAAUACACUCGGCAAGUAAAACUAGCGACAUAGUUGCCCAGAGGGCAAGUUAGCAGGAAAAUUAGUGUCGAACACUGGUUUUGAUUAAAAAAAGAGCCUAAUAUAUUACAAAUUUUGUUAAAGUUGUGAUUAAUUGGUAACAGAACUUCGUGUUGUCCAAUUCGGUCUGUAAUCAUACUCGUGAUUAAGCAAAUCGGACUCCCGCUAUGGGGUCGUCUGAUGUUGUUAAUCACUUGUAUGAUUACAGACCGAAUUGGACUUCACUCAUUCCUGUUACCAUUACUUGUUGUUGUCAUGAUGUAACGUCCAUGAAAGUAACAUCCAUUAAGUAUGAGAAAUUUAACAUUAAAUUUUUUGUGUUUUUUUGGAACUGAUUGGUUUUGUUGUCACAGAUGUAUGUUACUUGGUCAAAUAAAAAAGCAUCUUUGUUAUUUUUUGUAUUGGACUUAGACAACAGCUGUGAGAGAAAAUAAAAUUUCUUUAAAUUUCAUGGACCUUACGUAACGUCCAUGUCAAUAGUUUUGGCAGUUACUGAUUUCUCCGAAAAAAUGUUAGUUGAAAAUACUGUGGUUUUUAAUGGAGAGUUAUGGUUAAACUAAACAUUUCAAGUUACAUUUGAUCUUCAUUGAACUCAAUUGUUUGAAUUAUGGUUAAAAGAUUAUUGAAUUCAUUAUUACCGGAAUACAAGUCUUUUAGUAGUCACUUACUUUGGGUACCCCCCUCAGUAUCGAAUGGUGGAUCUGCACUUACACUAAUGUAUGUCCUGAUGAUUUUUGAAACUUCAGUCCUUAUACAUUUUGGCGAUGCACUUAAAAUCCCAGAGUAGUUUAUUUCAAAAAUGGUCCUUUUUUUUUUCUCAUGUGGAAUGGACCAUCCAUGACUUAGCAAGCAACAUGCCAGGUGAGGGCCAAACUGAUAUACUUAUAAUGGAUUUUGCAAAGGCUUUCGAUAAAGUUGGUUAUCGUCCCUUAAUCCACAGGCAGGGGUUCCAAAAGGCUCAGUAUUGGGUUCUUGCCCCUUCCUACUGUACAUACAGCCCUGUACGUGUAAAAGAUCUAGCUGAAAGUUUGUCCACCAGAGUUAGACUUCUUGCUGAUGACACUAUAUAA